AUGCUAUUUUUGGCACCAAUGAUCAUUCUGCAAAUGGAAUGUGCUAGUCAAAAGAAGCAAACAUAUGAAAUAACAAAUUCAAUGCGCAGCACUGCCAUACCAAUGAUACAAGUACCACCACCUCCAGUAACACCAGUUUAUGCUAAAGAUUCACCUACUCCAUCAUAUCAGGAUAAACAGGCACCCACUGGUACCGUACCUACUGAAGGAUUACCAUCUGGUGAAUCAAAAACUAAUAUUAAGGUAUUACAAAUGGAAAAGGAGGAGGAGGAGAAGGAGGAGGAGGAGGAGGAGGAGAAGGAGAAGGAGAAAAGGAGGAGGAGAAAGGGGAAAGGUGGAGGAGGAAGAGGAGGAGGUGGAGGAGGUGGAGGAGGAGGAGGAGGAGAUGGAGGAGGAAGAGGUGAUGGUGUUAGUACUGAUGAAAAAGGAAAUGACGGGUUUAAUGAAUGUCCUGAUUUGACUCCUGAUAUUCUCAAAAAUGUCAUUAAUGAUGGCUGUUAA